AUGUGCCGUCAAGGAUUCGAAUCUCGGAGAUGUGAGACGGCAUAUGAUCCCUGCGACGGAACCCCGUGUGGGACUGGCAACUGCACAUACUCCUCGACCGUACUUCGUGACACGGCCGACUUUGAAUGCUCCUGCACAAAGGAAUUUGUGGGCGACACCUGCGACGUCCCGUGCCCCGCCAACUGCACCUCCUGUAUUGAGCUGAAUGAUAAGGGCAUCUGCACGCAGUGCGAUUCAGGCUUUGCCAUUGAUAAUACCAACAACGAAUGCGUCACAGAAUGCCCAUUUGGAACAGAGAAUCAGGACGGGUUCUGCAACGACAUCAACAUCUGCCUCAACAUCACGUGUGCCAAUGGCGGCACGUGCGAUCGAAACGCUGCCAGCGACGCAACAGCGUGCAUAUGCCCCACCGGCUACGACCAGCCGCGCUGCCUGACGGGCCAGGCGUGCAACGGCGUGGACUGCGGCAACGGCGAAUGCUACAUUGACGAUGGUGUUGCGAAGUGUGACUGUGAUGCCGGCUUUGAGGGCACAAACUGCACAAUCAACAUCGACGACUGUGACCCAGACCCGUGCAACGGCGAGACGUGCAUUGACGGCAUCAACAACUACACUUGCUCAUGCCCUUCCCACCUUGGCGGACCGAACUGUGAGGUGCAGAUCAACUGCGCGGCCGGCGCGUGUGAGCCCAACGGCGUAUGCAAGAGCAUUGCGACGGGCUUCGAGUGCGAAUGGUGCGCAGUGUUCGCAUUUGUUUGCCUACCGCGCACGCGCUCACAACAACAACAACAACAACAACAACAACAACAACAACAACAACAACAACAACAACAACACUGCAGCGACCCUGGCUGGGAAGGUGACAGCUGCACGGAUGACAUUGACGAGUGCGCACCCGAUGUCUUCCCCUGCUUGAAUAACGGCGUCUGUACAACGCCAACCAUCAACUCCUUCCACUGCGAGUGCCCCACUGGGUUUACGGGUGAUCGAUGCGAAGAGAGUCCUUGCAUCCCUUCGCCGUGCACGAACAACGGCACGUGCUCCGUCGACGACAUCACAGGAAACUUCCUCUGCAACUGCACAGGAACAGGGUUUGCUGGCUCCAUCUGCCAAUAUGUUGACAAGUGCGUGGAAGACCCCACGCUGUGCGGCGAAAACGUGUGCGAGUCAACCGGGUCCUCGUACGUGUGCGUGUGUCCGGACGGCUCAAAGCAGAAGAACUGCCCUCCACCAACAACAACACCGCCAACCACAACUACAACGUCAACGACGUCUGCCGCCUCAACCAACGCACCAGCGAAGGACAAGAGCCUGCUCACCCCGCCUGUGCAGUAUGGGCUGAUGGGCGCUGCUGCGCUUCUUGCUGUCGUGUUCACGAUUGGUCUGGGGUGCUACUGCCGCAACAACCGACCAACAAAGGCUGCACGUAGGAAGACGCGUCCGCCGUCAAUGAUGCGCUCCUUCUCAAAUCCCGCCUUCAACCCAGACAUCGACUCGGAGGACUACCUCACGAUGCCUGGUGCAGACGGGUCGACGAGUGACGGGUACAUGGGUCUGGACGCGUUCCAGAACACAUCGCCAACAAAGCGGCCGUCGGUGCCGCGGACGGCGUGGCAGAAGAAGAGCACCCAUCUCGACGGCAUUCAGGAGGAGGGAUCCUAUGAUGACCUCGGCAGUGAUGAGGAGGAGAAGCUUGAAGGGUACUUGGAGGUUGGCACGGCUGACGCCUCAGCAUCGAAGGGAGCGAGCACAGGAGCAACAACAGCAGCAGCAGCGACAACAACACCAGCAGGUGGCAAGGUGGCCACGGCGGCUGGAGGGAAGAAGGCAGCAGCACCCAACGCUGCAAAGGGCGGGAAGAAGCCGGGCAAGAAGCCCAGUGGAAAGAAACCCAAGCAACAGCAGAAGCCGGCCAUGAAGCAGCAGCAGCAGCAGCAGCAGCAUGAUUCGUACAUGGAUCUUGAGGACGAUCAGGGACAGCAGAGCUACAUGGACGUGGCGACGGCCGGGACAAGACCAGUCGCGAAACCAACCACGUACUCGAGCGUUGGGGCACAGCCACCGCAAGACAACUACCUUGAUGUGGACAACGACCAGCAGCCACAGGACAGCUACAUGAGCGUGCAACAGCAACAACAACAGCAACAAGACAACUACCUUGAUGUGGACAACGACCAGCAGCCACAAGACAGCUACAUGAGCGUGCAACAGCAACAGCAGCAGCAACAAGACAACUACCUUGAUGUGGACAACGACCAGCAGCAACAAGACAACUACCUUGAUGUCGACAACGACCAGCAGCCACAGGACAGCUACAUGAGCGUGCAACAGCAACAACAACAGCAGCAACAAGACAACUACCUUAAUGUGGACAACGACCAGCAGCCACAGGACGACUACUUCCAAGUGGACAAGAGUACUGGGCGGUACAUGAGCGUUGAUCGGAGCCAGCAGCAGCAGCAGCAGCAAGACAGCUACUUGAACGUCACACGCAAUGAUGCAGCAAACGAAGGGUACAUGGGCUUUGAUGAGGGUGACGAUGAUUCAUCGUCUGACGAGGAGGACUUUUCCAUCAUCCCCAAGCAGCAGCAACAACAACAACAACAGCAACAGGAAGGGGCUGAUGGCUCAUACAUGCAUGUGAGCUCGCCACAGCAAGAAGGUGGCAACGACAGCUACUUUGAUGUUGAGGGCGCGGCAAAAAACCCGUCCUACUUGCAUGUGGCUGGCAACAAGUCGUGA